UAACAAUAUUUUCCAAAGAGAAAAAUUUUAUGGAACAUCUUUUUAAACAGGUUUCGUUUAGCUUAUAAAGAUGGAAGACAAAUCAGAGAGUCUUACGAAAUCUUCCACAGAUUACUCGAAACCUUCAUUUGUUGAGAUUUCCGUGUCAGGAACAAAAUUUGAAAUUCCUGUAAAAAGCAUCCUGAAAUAUCCAGGGACUUUAUUGGAAAAGAUGUUACCCGAAUUAACAGAGAAAACAGAUGAGAUUUCUUUCAACCGACCAGAUGACGCAUUCAAAGCCAUUCGGAACUUCUAUCUUACCGGCAAGCUACAUAUGGUCCGUAAUAUGUGUCCCGAGGAAUUCGCCGAAGAAAUGGAAUAUUGGGGAAUAAAAACAGAAAUGCUGGAACCAUGCUGUCUUUACAGAUAUUUGGCGUUCAAACAACAGGCAGAAAUGUCAAGGCAAUUCCGUAAAACGAUACACCCAACGUCAGACCCUGAAUCAACCAAGUGUUCCUCGUGGAGACAGAGGCUCUGGUUAAUCGUAGACAAUAGAGACUCAUCACCACUGGCCAAGGUCUAUCUUGGAUUCAUCAUUCUUUUUGUUCUUCUGUCUUUGGCCUCGCUAUCUCUAGGCACCUUACCGAUGUUCCAGAGAAAACUGACGAUUUGCGAAGCACGCGAUUUAUUAUUUUACUACCAUGACUAUGAAGACGAUGUUGAGAAUUUCUUCAUUCACGUGGAGUGCGACAGCAGUGCAGAAGACGUUUUCAGAUCUAUUUAUUUGAAGUACGAAAACUACACGGAUGAAACGUUUCAAGAAGAGAUAAAAGAAAUGGAAGCCAAUGGAACGGACGAGGGGGAUAUAAAUGAUAUGAAAUUAAAAUGGAAACUUCUGAAAAUAAGCCCACCAAACAAAAGCGCUCGCCUGAGAGUGUUCGACUUGAUUGACCUUGUUGUAUUGGUUGUGUUCGCUGUAGAUCUGAUCCUAAGACUGGUAACUUGUCCAAGCAUUGGUUCGUAUUAUAAGUCAGUGUUGAACGUAAUUGAUACUGUUGUCUUAAUUUGUGGAAUUCUUGGAUAUGUUCUGGAAAAAGUUUUAAUCAACUUUACCUAUGACAGAGGAGAUCUUGAUAUAUUGGUUUAUCUCCAGCAACUUCGCGUGUUCCGUUUGAUUCGAGUUGUACAGAAUGUUGCCGCCAUCAAAGUACUCGCUUUCUGUUUCAAAACCAAUAUUAAGGAAAUACUGAUUCUCAUGUUAUUUUUGUUUGUCGGUGUAAACAUUUUUGCCAAUAUGCUUUUCUUUGUCGAACCAAAAAACAUAUCCAGCAUUCCACAGGCAUGGUGGUGGGGAAUAAUCACCAUGACAACUGUUGGUUAUGGUGAUUUGUAUCCGGUCACAGUUUCCGGGCGCAUUAUUGGGACUUUGUGCGCAGUCAGUGGAGUUAUUGUUCUUGCUUUAAUUAUUCCCAUUUUUGUGAACAAUUUUCUGGCUUUGUAUGAAUUUGCGUGCUUGUUGCAGAAAGAAAAGGACAGAAAAACAAAAACUUUGAAAAUUGAAGUGGGACCUUCCAAAUUUUAG